GUGCCUUGUCAGCAUGUUCAGUGGAAGACUACAGAAAGCUGCAGUAAACUGUUCAUGAAAAAUCUUACCCGGAAGGUCAGGCUUUCACAGAAACUACAGCAGACGCCUGUUUACAUUCAUUUGUGAUCAUUUUGCUGCUAUGGGAGAUAAUAACCAUCACUGAUAUGUGUGAUUGGCUCUGCUGUGGUAACAGUGUACCGCUGUUAGCUUUUGUGUUGUAAGGGUUUUGUAAGUGCUUUGGUCCAUUGUGCCACUGAGGUAGGGAGGUCAGAAGUUUGCUGUGCCGUGCUGUACCCGGAAGGGCUUAUGUAACCUGCCAGAAAGGUGAGUGCACAGCCAGGCUGGGGGAGAUAGGACACAGUGCCAGAGUGUGAGAAAAUCAGGAGUGGUGCCGUGUGUCGUCCUGGCAGCAGAUGGCCUGAGUGGCAGAGAGGGCUGGAGGAGCGCCAGAAGCUAUUCACCACUCCCACCAGCCCUGGGACAGGGGUCAAAGGACACAGUGCUGGAGGCGGAUUGCUAUACGAUGGGAUUGAGAGCCCCAAACACCAAAGAAGGAACACAUUUCGAAGAGCUUUGGGGACUGAAAUGAAAUCGGUUGUUACCCUUGAUAAUGUUUCAGAGUGUUUGGGUUUGCAAUUUAGCAGUGCAGACUAUGGAUGUAAACUGUUAGGAUUGAAGAAGAACAAAUCGUCUUUGAUCCUGUUGCACUGUCCAGUCCUGUUGUGUAGCAAAUAAAAAUAGUUGACCAAGAAAAUAGCAACCAGUACAACUUGAUUUGUGGAGUUCAGCCAUUUGCUCCAUUUCUUGUUUUUGUACAUGCGAAAGCACUUUUUGGUGUUGUGGAAAUGCCAAAUUUCCGUCAGAGGACGUGGCAUGUGCCCAGCGUUGCAGCCCAUCCGGAGAGGCCUGAGGGGAUGCUAACCUACUACAGCCCCCUGAGCGAGUUCCCUUUGUCACAGACCCACAGGCCACAGACCCUGGGGCUGGUGGCCGCCCGCGUUCAGCGAUUCGAGGCCGGGAUGACCCUUCCUAUCAGCUCCGUGUCUGUGGGCUCCCCCUCCCCUACAAGCUGCCCUUCUGAUCUACCAGGACAGACUAAACAAGGAAACAAGGGUCAAGCGCGUCGGCGGAAGAACAUGACAGAGUUCUUGGGUGAUGCCAGCAUCCCCGCUUCAGACUCUGUCUCCCAGCUGAGCGGUUCUCUCCCAAACUCUGCCACGGGAGCUGACCGGUGGAAGAACCGGGCAGCCAGUCGCUUCAGUGGCCUCUUCAGCUCUGGCUCGGGCAACGGCUCUGUUGGCAAGGAGUGUGAUCGUGUAGAGCAGUUACAGAGUAAACUUCACUCCUACACUGUGUUCGGACUACCUAAAAUGCCUCAGCAACUCUCCUUCCACAGAGAUUCCUGGGAGGAGGAGCCUAAUCUAGAGCUAGAGGAGAGCUGGAAAGAGUUACUGGAGAACCCUGAGAUUUUACCCAAACGACAGUGUCACCAGCAGGAAGCAAUUUGGGAACUUCUGCAGACAGAGUCGGACUACAUUAAGAAAUUGCACGUCAUCACUGAUUUGUUCCUCUGUGGGCUGUUGAACCUGCAGGAGAGUGGACUGCUGAGUGAGGUUGAGCCUGCUCGUCUUUUUGGGAACAUUCAGGAAAUUGUUCUACUGCACACUUCACUGUGGACUGAGGUCUUGCUGCCCAUGCUGGAGCGGGCCAGACAGAAACACACCCUGCUUGACCCUAUGGACCUGCAUCAGGGAUUUAGCACUUUUAGUUACAGAUUUAAGCCAUACAUCCGUUACUGCAUGGAGGAAGAGAGCUGUAUGGAGUACAUGCGCACUUUACUGAAGGACAACGAGCUGUUCAGGAUCUAUGUGACUUGGGCAGAGACCCAUAAGCAGUGUAGCCGGCUGAAGCUGACCGACAUGCUAGUAAAGCCUCACCAGAGACUUACCAAGUACCCACUGCUUCUGAAGAGUGUGCUGAAAAAGACUGAUGACCAGGGAGCACGAGAAGCCAUCAAUAGAAUGGUUGGUGCAGUGGAAGGCUUCAUCAACAAUGUGGACUCUCAAAUGAGGCAACGAGAAGAGAAACACAAGUUGGCAGCCAUUGCUAGCCGCAUUGAGGCCUAUGAAGCCGUGGAAGGCGCUAGCGAGGAGGUAGAAAAGAUCCUCAAGGAGUACAAUCAGUUCGACCUGACUGCUCCAGUGAUGGGUGCCUCACCAGAGGAGACACGGCAACUUCAUCUGGAGGGAGCACUGAGGAUGAAGGAGGGAAAGGAGAGCAGGAUGGACGUGUACUGUUUCUUGUUCACGGAUGUACUGUUGAUCACCAAGCCAGUGAAGCGUGUAGAGAAGGUGAAGGUGAUUCGCCAGCCGCUGGUCAUUCAGAACGUGGUCUGCAGGGAGCUGAAGGACCCAGGAGCCUUUCUCCUCAUCUACCUUAAUGAGUUCCGCACUGCUGUGGCCUCCUAUUGCUUUCAGGCUAACAGUGCUACACAGGGACGCAGCUGGGUGGAGGCCAUCUACAAUGCUCAGUAUCAGCUUGAGAGACUUCGCUCUGAAUCGCGGAGGGAUGAGAGAGAUGAAGAGGAAGAGGACGAGACAGAAAGCAGCAUGUCCACAUCCAGUUCCCCCUCUCUGCAGCAUAAAGAACCACUAGGCAAGAGCCUUUCUCUCUCACCCAGCCAUUCGGAUGGGUCCACCGAGACCCUCUCGGUAGUUGCAAUAGACGAGCAAGACGAUGUAAGAUCCUCGUUGCCACUGGAGACAGAGCCGGCGUCUCUCAGAGGCUCACUGCACUCUGAUUCGUCAAGCCCACGCGACUCCUUUUCCACCAAUGACAGCCAAGCUCUGGAGGGGCUGAAUGAUCUGGUUGCCAUGGAGCUGGAUCCAGAGAGUCGUUCUCUGUCUAUAGACAGUGCCUAUGGAACCCUCUCUCCUGAGUCUCUGAUUGCUGAGUUGGAGUUGAAGGGAGCGGUGGAGCAGAAUGAAGGAGAGGAGACAGAUACCGGGGAGGAAGAGGAGGCUUUUGAGGAACAUGAUGAUGCUGACAAUGAUGAUGACGAUGCAGACGAAGAGGACUCAACAGCCUGGAAUGGCUCUCAAGUUACUGUUAAUGAAUCAUGCACCUUGGACGAUCAUUCUAACCACUUGAAGGAGCAAGUGGAGGAAGCCGAGGAGAUGAAAAAUGUAACAAAUGGUUGUCAGGAUUUGGGUUUUCGCUCACUAACAUUGCGGCGCCGUUCUCCUGUCCAGCCCCGCCUGGACUACUUGCAGCACUUUGCCCUCAGGUCACGAUCUGAGGACGACCUACUCCAGCGACUCGCUGCACCGUUGCACUCAGGAGCAAUCUGGAGUGACAGGAGCAGCCGCAACAUCAGCAAGAGCCUGUCACAGCUAUCCAAACAGGUGCAGUACAGCAGCGAGCACCUACGGGUAGAGGAGGGGCAGCCAAUACAGAACCCCAUCACUGUGCCCGACAAAGUCAUGAACACUUUGAUGAGAGCAGAGUCUCAGCUCAUGCACAGGGCCCUGAGGUGUCCUAAUGGCCAGGUCGAGAGUGAGAGAACAUCAACCAGUGGUGCUUUGGAAGAAAAGGGUGACAUGAUGGCAUUCCAGCAGCAUCACCAGCAUAGGAAGCUGACCAGAGCUCAGCUGCAAAGGAUACGCACUACCAUGGUGCUCAACUCCACACUCACUGCCUCGGAGGUAUAGUGUCCGAGGGAGCUUAAGCACAUGCCAUUAGCUGGUCUAUUGGUGAUCUGUACGUUGCACCAACACCGUCACCGGUAUCAACAGCAGGGAUCUCUGUAGCUGUCCAAGAGGAUAAGAACUUAAGAAUGAUGGAUCUCAGUGGAAUGCUUUCAGCAACACGUCACUGAAAGUUCAUCACAUCAAUGAUAACGUUCUUCCAAAGUCUUUUUUCAAAGUUGUGGUUUGGUUUUGUAUGAAGAUAAAACCUACUAAAAAAAGAAAAUACAUUGGAAAGAGGAAAAUAACUAUGUUUUACAUUGUAGCAUAAACCUUACCUUCGAAGGGCUAAAUAGAACUUUUUGUGGUCUGGACCCCAUUUGCGGACUACUCAAAAUCAUGCUAUCCAUCAAGGCCAUUAAGAUGAAAGCAUUGUAUGUUUUUCUAUCUUAAGGGUACACCUCCAAAGCCUCAUAAAUUAUUUAUCAAAAAAAUGCACAUUUGUGUAUAAAGGCAGUGUUCCAGGUGACCUCGCAUCAUGUAACUUGCUGUAAUCAGGGAGUUUAUUUACUUAAGGAUGAGGCUUGCAUAGUUUGUACCUCAGUUGAAGCUUACAUUCCAUUGUGGAGCUGCAAAAGUGCAAGAGGUAACAAAGUCUUGUGCUGACAAGUUGCGAGUGUAUAAGCUCAAGUUUAUUUUUUUUUUAAGUCAUCCUCUUUGAUCUGUGAUGACAGUCAUUCUUCUUCUUUAUUCCACAUUGAAGUGCACUUGAAAAAAAAAAAAACAAUCACAAAUAAAAUCUGAAGAUAAAGAGCAAAUGAAUAAACACAGAAAAACAUUUACAUUUCUUGGAGAUGACCAAGUCAAGGGUAGAUGUAUUAAAGCUGUAGAGUUAUACUGCCCCUUGUGGGUGUCUAACAAUAUUGAAAGCUUUUGUGAGCAUAGCAUGAUUGAUCCACUUAACAAUAAUCAUCAAAUUAUUAAUCAAAACCAAAUAGUUUUUCAAACUACCUUCAGAGAGACUAAAUGUCCCUAAAAUUGAUAAAGAGCUUCAAGACCUAAGGGAAAAACACAAGAAAAGGGAGACAAAACAUUAGAUGUUUGGCUUAUACAAACAUUUCAGAGACAUUUGUGGGCCACUUUUUGUUUAAUGUACUGUAAAUACAAUAUUUAUUGAGGCUUCAUUGUUUAUCGAAAAAAUAUCUCUAUUGUUAGGUUCUGAUUGUUUUUCAUUAUUGUUUGAAAUAUCAGCAUGUAGCAUUGUUUUUUCACCUUUUUGACAAUGAAAAAUAAGAGCUGAAUCCAUAUCCCUUUGUCUUAGGUUUUGAUCCUUAUCAGUUUAUUGCUGAUAUGCGUCCUACUGCAUUGACUUACAAAUAAAAUGAUUAAGCUGCCAAGAUCCA